ACAACGUCACACUGUUCCAUGCUCGCGCUCAUCAGCCGGGAAGCGAACGGGCCCACGACGUCAGGAAAGGGAAGCACCUGGGGUGGCAAGCUAGAAAGUGACUACAUGAGGAGCAUGUGAAACUUUGCUUUCACUGUUACCUCUUGUUCAACUAGGAGCCUAGGAGGCACAGUUAAAAAAAAAAAAAAAAAGGAACAAAAGAGAGGCACAGUUAGUGAAUAUAGUCUUAUCAGUGUGUUCUCACUCUUACCUCAUCUUCAGGCACCGCGCGACCUUCUUCCCCCGAAUACAACGUAUGGUCAUUGUAGCUGUAUUUGGGGUAUCUUUCGGUCCAAAUACAGAAGGUAGCCGACUCUACUACGCUCACAGCCCACUCUACUCUCGCAGUCGACCCAUAACUGAUCUAUGAGAACAACCGUUUCUCAUCAUGGGAAAAAGGAAGAAAGACGAAAUCGCCGCUCCUGAGCCGGCUGUGCGGAGGAGGAGAUCAGAAGCGACCCCCCCCCAAGGCAAUGAAGAUGCGCGCGCUUUGGCGGCAGCGCCCAAACUCCCGGGAGCGGGAUCACCGUCGGUGUGCCGCUCAACACGCUCUGGUUUGAAGAGGGGCGAAGCUGGUGCUAGGGUGAAGGAGGAACACUCUCGCUUAAUUGUUGAUGUCAACGCAGUUUGCACAAGUUGCGAUCAAACCCCUGCUGCUGCAUCUGGACAGGCAGAUAGUCUUCAGCCAGGAAGUGCUGACAGGAGAGGAGGAGGAGGAGAUGGAGGAGGUGGAAGAGGAGGACGGAGAGGAGGAGGAGGAGGAGGAGGAAGAGGAGGAGGAAGAAGAAGAGGGGGAGGAAAGAGGGGUCAGGUCGGAGGGCCCGAGCAGGAUGAUCAGAUACAACAACGGGAUGAUAGGUUGGGAUCUGUGCUGACUCUGCAUGGAAAGAGUUGCAGUGGGGUUGCUGACUCAGCACGGGAAGCAGAGCGAGCAACCGCGCCGACGAAGAUCUCCUCGAAGAAUGCUGCAAAAGGGAAAGAAAAGAUGGAAGAAGAGGUAGCUCAUCUUGUUGGAUAUGGAGACGAUGCAGUGACUGGGACUGGAGAGGAGGAAUGCAAGGACGCGCAUGAUGACCCCAUCGACCCAGAUGAUGAGUGGGAUUGGGAGAAUGGCAACCAGUACCAGGACUGGGAGGGGGAGGAGGAGGAGGAGGAGGGAGGAGUUCAGCCAAAGCAGGAUGAGUGGACAGGAGAGAUCGCUAUCUCUAUCGAUGGAGAGGAGGGUGAAGCAGACGCAGAAGAGGGGUGUGGAAAAGCAAGGGCAAAACCGAGUUUGCGACGAGCCACUGGUAAAGACAAGGAAUUUGCAGCUCUAGUUCACAAGGCGCAUCUGUUAUGCCUUCUUGCGAGGGGAACAAUGAUCGAUGCUGCAUGCGACAGUCCCUUGAUCCAGGGAUUGGCAAUGUCGUGUCUACCGUCGAGCAAGGCGCCAGCGAUUGCCAAAGGCAUAGCAGGGUUGAAGGCUACGGAUCUGCAGCCAAUGGCCAAUUGGUUCAAGGGCUCAUUCCGAUUAGCAGAACAGAUCGAUGGUCAGGGUUCUGCGAAGCUUGGUGGGGAUUCCACAGGCACUCUUACGACUAAUGCGAUGGAUGCGUUCAUCUUGCAAGCGCUAGAGCGACGAACUGGUUCGUCAGAACAGCUGACAGCCAUUUCUGUUGCGCUGUGCCGUGCGCUAGGCUUGAUAACACGUCUUGUGUCGGUGCUCGAUGUGUCGUCGAUCAAACCAGAUGCCGAGUCGCUGGCGGCUUCGAAGGAAUGGAACACGGAGGAGGACCUCGCUGAACUGGGUUUCGUCAACUUCGCGUCUCUUCGGGAGCCAUCCCGUUCAUCCCAAUCGACGCCAUUUCUAUCCUCAAGCCGCAGGGGGUCUUCGUUGAGGGACGUGAUCUCCCGAACAGUUGCCGCAAUGAGUGUUACUUCUGGGUUAUCAUCAGCGCAUGGAGGGGGACCAUCCAAUUUGUGCGGCGGCGGAAGUGUUUCACAAAAAGAUCCGAAGAAGCGAGAGGCAACCCCCACGCGCGAGGGAGGAGGAGCAAGUGACAAGCCUGGGAAGGAAACUGCUGCAGGAGGGAGAGGACAAGGAAGAGGAGAGGGGAGGGGAAGAGGGAGAGGAGAGGGGAGGGGAAGAGGGGGAGGAGAGGGGAGGGGAGGGGAAAAGAGCAGCUCAGGGGCAAAAGCCAAGAACCAGGGGGGAGGUAGCAGCAGCCGUGUUGGGAAGGACCGUAUCACAAGCAACUCUGCAAUGGCUCUUCCGGGUUGUGGCAGCGAGCAGGGUUCGAAACGUUCCGUCAAGGAUGUCGAAAGAAGAGAGAACAGUGAGAGCGUAUUGAAUCAGACGCAGCAAGCAGUGGGCGGCGGUGGAUGGAAAAGAAAAGGAGAUGAAGAACUGGAAAGAGAGCUUGAAAUCGCCAUGGCAGCAACAGCAGCGGCGGCAAGCAAUCGAGCAGCAAGGAGGGACGGGGAUGAUGGCGGUGGCGAUGUGUCCCCAGAUUCUCACGAAACGGGGGGGGGCGGUAGGUUGUUGACCUUGGACUCUGUGGCCAAUAGGAAAGGAGGGGUGAGAUGGCGGCUGGCCCAUAUGCUAGAGGGAAAGGCCCAUGUUGUGAAAGCUAUGGAAGCCAAGAAUGCUGCCGACGGUGCGGGCACGUGGUCCCGAAAGUCGGGUCCGAUUUGCAACUGGGCGGAAGUUUAUUGUCCUGGAGAGAAAGACGGGGGAAGAUGGGUGCAUUUCGAUGCCGCGAGGGGAGCCGUAGACGGUGCAGACAAGGUGGCGGGCACAUUCGCAGGAUGGCCCCGCCCAAUGCGAUACGUCGUAGGGUUCAUUGGAGGGGGAGCAAAGGACAUAACAAGGAGGUAUGUUUUGCGAUGGUCGGCUGUGCUUCCACACCGUGUGGCAGAGGAUUGGUGGGAUGAAACCAUGCGGCCGCUACGUCAUCGGGAGGCGGCAGCAACAUCACUGCGUGCGAGGUCCAUGGCGUCUGUAGCGCAGAAGGGUCAGUCGGGCCCAAAUGAAUGUGGGACUUCUGAAGUGCCAAGACUUUCCGAACAGCAUGGUCCAAAGGAUGGGACGAUGGGAAUGGGGCAGAUAGAGGGGAAGUCGUCAAUGGAUGCUCUCCCUUCGGCGGCUGAGGGGGAUCAGCUGGAAACUGCGGCAAGACAUGAAGUCGAGAAGGAUGCUAGAAAAAUUGAUAGCGCAGGUAAGACGAUGAUGCCGGUUGACGGUGACAAUAAGGCGGACACUGCAGCAACAAGUGUGGGCAAGCUUGAGGGAUGCUGGACGGACGAUGUCCAUGCUCCAGGAGCGGGGAACCGAAAGGACGGUGAACCGGCGAACGAUGCAAAAGGCAUGACUGCUGAGAAGUCUGUUCUCCAACGCUGCAGUGAUGGUCGCCAUGACGGUGACCAGGACAGGAGAAGCGUUGCAGUUGAGGGCAGGAGAUCGAUUCCAGCAAGUAGGAGCGUGCAUAACUACGCUGAGGGGGCAGACGAUCCGAGCGCAAGGGAAGACAUGGAGAUGGCCACACGGACGUUGACCGAGCCCUUGCCUACAAAUCAGCAGGCUUAUCGUAAUCAUCCUUUGUAUGCGCUGGAGAGAUGGAUCACCAAGUACCAGAUCAUUUAUCCGCGCCAUCCGGUGCUUGGUUUUUGCGCUUCAUUUCCGGUUUAUCCUCGUGAGUGCGUCAAAGUACUUCAUACAGCAGAGGGAUGGUUAAGAGAGGGGCGCAAAGUCCGGGCCGGCGAAUUACCCGCAAAGAUUGUGAAAUCAAAUGCUGGUAGAGGAGUGAUGGCUGCGAAAGCCUCACAAGCUAAGGAGAAGGAGAAGGAUUCGGCAGGCGGAGGGGAGAAGAAGACGGUGGGGCUUUUCGGGCAAUGGCAGACAGACGAGUGGACGCCUCCGGCCGCCAAAGAUGGGAAAGUCCCCAAGAAUGAACGAGGACAAGUGGAUGUUUGGUCAGAAAAGUGUAUUCCUCCAGGGACGGUGCACAUCCGACUCCCGCGUGUGCACCAGGUUGCGAUUCGUCUGGGCAUCGACUUCGCUCCGGCUAUGGUUGGUUUUGAGAUAAAAGGAGGACGGUCUGUACCAGUGUACGACGGAGCGAUUAUUUGUAAAGAAUUUGAGGAAGUAGUGUUGGAGGCGUAUGCGGAGAGUGAGGCAUUGCGUCUGAAGGAUCAGUUGAGGAGACGUCAACAGGAAGCAGCGCAGAGAUGGAGGCAGCUUCUGCGCUCCGUUGCCAUUCGUCAACGACUGGAAAGUCGUUACGGCGGAAAUGGGAACGAAGAGGAAGCGGUGCAGCGAGGGGGGCGCGAGGCAAAGGCAGAAAAUAUCGAACGGAGUGAGUUACAAGGGACCCGCAACGGCACAGAACAUGAAGUUGUGGAAAAGACGGAUGCUGCUGCUGGUGGUGGUAAUGAACGGCAACGGACUGAAGAGGCUGCUGGCAGCAUUCCAAGUGAACUACUCGAGACGAUAGUGAUCGGCAUUGAAGACGAAAAAAGAGAUCAUCGGCGGAGCGUGGAAGUUGUCAGUGAGCUGACGGAGACGAUAGAGACUGGCAAAGCGGCGACGGCGCUGGAGCCGAUGCAUGCUGGCAAAGUUUGCGGCGAGCCAAAAUGGCAGCAGGAGUCAGCUGCAACUGGGGAGGCAGUUUUGGAACUGGUAGAUGAUGUGGUAGGAGAGAAGGAGAAGCGGAAGGUGCAAACAGGGGAGGAAAGUGUUUUGGGAGGAAGGGGAGACUCCAAGAAGGAGGAUCAGCUGCAGGACAUUAAAGUCGGCGCUCAGAAAAGGCAGUCGAGGUCAUCUGUGCAUAACGGAACAAGACCGAGAAAGCGGCAGCAGAAAGCGGCUGAUGCCGAUGAUGAGCAGCACGAACACGUCUUUCUCGAGGAGAACGAGAGUUUCGACGAUGAGACGGCGAUCAAAACUCGGCGCUGCCUCUGCGGCUUUCAAUACGAAGUCGAAGAAAUCUGAUCGUAAGAUUCAUUAACUGAACGCAGUUGAGGACGUCGGUGCGGAACGGAACAAGUCGGAGAAAGCAGUUGAUUGCCGAUGAAGAGCAGCGCGACAACAUCUCUUCUUUCUCGAGGAGAAUGAGAGUUUUGAUGCCGAAGAGACUACGAGCAGAACUCGGGGCUGCGUCUGCACCUUUCAAUACGAAGUCGCAGAAAUCUGAUCGUAAGAUCCGGAAUGCAAUCUUUGCAGUUAUAUUCUACCAAAGACAAUUGUCUGGACAUCGUCAAAGGUUUGCAAGUUCCUUUCGAAAACGGGAAAAAAAAAGAAAUUAAAAUAAACGCAAGUUAUUGCA